AAGUCCCCAUGGCCCCCAUUGUCCCCCAAUGUCCCCAAUGUCCCCGUGUCCCCCAUUGCCCCCCGCAGGCCGUGUUCGGCUCCGGCUCGCAGGACCCGCUGCCAUUGCGCUCGGCCAAGGAGGGCGAGCUCUUCUUCGCCGAGGACCGCGAGGUCAACCUGCCCGAGCUGGCGCUGGCCACCAAUCCCAAGGGCUGCGCCGAGGCGGCCGUGCGCGUACACGUGGCCUACCUGGACGGCAAAGGCAACGUGGAGCCGCAGGGCACCGUCCCCAGCGCCGUGUCCACGCUGAGCGACGAGCUCCUCACCUAUUACCACCACGUCACCCGCGCCGCGCUGGGCGACGACGCGCAGCUCAUGAAGGUGGCCCUGCAGGACCUGCAGAGCAACGCCAAGAUCGCCGCCCUCCUGCCCUAUUUCGUCUACGUGGUCAGCGGGGUGAAAUCCAUCAGCCACGACCUCCCCCAGCUCCACCGCCUCCUCCACGUGGCGCGCAGCCUCCUCCACAACCCCUUCCUGUUCCUGGGCCCCUACGCUCGCAGCCUGAGCUCCAGCGUCCUGUACUGCGCGCUGGAGCCGCUGGCCGCCUCCAUCAACCCGCUCAACGACCACUGGCCGCUGCGCGAUUACGCCGCCAUGCUGCUGGGCCGCAUCUUUUGGACGCACGGCGAGGCGGUGAGCGGGCUGUGCCAGCACAUCCUGCUGGCGCUGCAGAGGGUGCUGGCCGACCCCGUGCGGCCGCUCUGCUCGCACUACGGAGCCGUCGCCGGGCUGCACGCGCUGGGAUGGAAGGCGGUCGAGCGCGUGCUGUACCCCCACCUCCCCGCCUACUGGGCCAACCUGCAGGCCGUGCUGGACGACGGCUCCGUGUCCAACGCGCAGGUCAAGGCCGACGGCCACAAGGUCUACGGAGCCAUCCUGGUGGCCGUGGAGCGCCUGCUGAAGAUGAAAGCCCAACCCGGCCCCCCCCACCCCCACCCCCACCCCCCCCUCGGCGCCACCCGACCCCCCCCCCCCCCCCCCUCCUCCUCCCCUCCCCCCUCCCCGGCGCCGCCGCUGCGCCGCAUGUACGCCGAGCUCUACGACUUCUUCGGCGACAGUUUGGCCACCCGCUUCGGCACCGGCGCCCCGACCGCGUCGCCCCCCGAUCGCUCCCGGCGCGCCGGCGCGCCCCACGACGGCGCCGCGCGCAAGAUGCCGCAACUCACGGCGGAUUCGGCGGGAAGCCCGCCACCACCACCAACACCAACACCACCACCACCACCACGACGCCGCCACGGCGCGUCCCCCGCAGCGCCCGCGCGGCCGCGCGUGCCGGACGUGUUCCCCGCGUGGCGCUCGGCGCCGCGGGGAGCGCCGCGGUUCAGCUUCGUGAUCGCGGGGCGGCAGGCGGGGCGGCGCUGCCAGGGCCGGCGCUUCCAGAGCAGCUUCCCGCAGCACCGCGGGCCCGGCCACGGCUGCCGCUACGCGCAGAAGCUGCCGGUGAUCGGGCGGGCGGCGCGGGCGGCGCGGCGGGGGCCGCGGGCCGAGUACUCGCUGCUGCUGCCGCUCUGAGGGGGCGGUGGCGGCAUCGGUGGCGCCGGUGGUAACGGUGUGAGCGGCGUCACCCGGUGGCACUGGCGGCACCGGUGUCAUCAGCGUCACCUGGCGGCACUGGUGUCACCGGCAUCGCCGGCGGCACCAGCGUCAGCAGCAUCAACCGGCGUCAUCGGUGUGACUGGUGUCACUGGUGUCACCGGUGUCACUGGUGUCCCGGCAUCGCUGGCGGCACCGGCGUCACCCGGUGUUACUGGUGUCGCUGGUGUCACUGGCAUCACCGGUGUCACCAGCAUCACUGGUGUCCCAGCAUCACUGGUGUCCCAGCAUCACUGGCGUCACCGGUGUCACCAGCAUCACUGGUGUCCCAGCAUCACUGGCGUCACCGGUGUCACCAGCAUCACUGGUGUCCCAGCAUCACUGGCGUCACCGGUGUCACCAGCAUCACUGGUGUCCCAGCAUCACUGGCGUCACCGGUGUCAAACAGUGUCACUGGUGUCCCGGCAUCGCUGGCGGCACCGGCGUCACUGGUGUCACUGGUGUCACUGGUGUCACUGGUGUCACUGGCGUCACUGGUGUCACUGGCAUCACUGGUGUCACCAGUGUCAACCGGUGUCAUCAGUGUCACCGGUGUCACUGGUGUCACUGGCAACACUGGUGUCACCGGCAUCUCUGGUGUCCCAGCAUCAUUGGUGGCACUGGUGUCAUCAGUGUCACCUGGCGGCACUGGUGUCACCGGCAUCGCCGGCGGCACCAGCGUCAGCAGCAUCAACCGGCGUCAUCGGUGUCACCGGUGUCACUGGUGUCCCGGCAUCGCUGGCGGCACCGGCGUCACCCGGUGUUACUGGUGUCGCUGGUGUCACUGGCAUCACCGGUGUCACCAGCAUCACUGGUGUCCCAGCAUCACUGGCAUCACCGGUGUCAAACAGUGUCACUGGUGUCCCGGCAUCGCUGGCGGCACCGGCGUCACUGGUGUCACUGGUGUCACUGGUGUCACUGGCGUCACUGGUGUCACUGGCAUCACUGGUGUCACCAGCGUCAACCGGUGUCAUCAGUGUCACCGGUGUCACUGGUGUCACUGGCAACACUGGUGUCACCGGCAUCUCUGGUGUCCCAGCAUCAUUGGCGGCACUGGUGUCAGCAGCGUCACCUGGCGGCACUGGUGUCACCGGCAUCGCCGGCGGCACCAGCGUCAGCAGCAUCAACCGGCGUCAUCAGUGUCACUGGCGUCACUGAUGUCACUGGUGUCACGGGUGUCACCACCAUCACUGGUGUCCCGGCAUCGCUGGCGGCACCGGCGUCAUCGGUGUCACUGACGUCACUGGCGUCACUGGUGUCAACCGGUGUCAUCAGUGUCCCAGCAUCACUGGCGGCACCAGCGUCAGCAGCAUCAACCGGCGUCAUCGGUGUCACCGGCAUCACUGGUGGCACCGGCGUCAUCGGCGUCACUGAUGUCACUGGCGUCACUGGUGUCACCAGCGUCAACCAGUGUCACCGGUGUCACUGGUGUCACUGAUGUCACCGGCAUCACUGGUGUCCCGGCAUCGCUGCUGUCACCGGUGUCAACCGGUGUCAUCAGUGUCACUGGUGUCACUGGCAUCACUGGUGUCACCAGCGUCAACCGGUGUCAGCAGCGUCACCUGGCGGCACUGCUGUCACCGGCAUCGCCGGUGGCACCAGCGUCAGCAGCAUCAACCGGCGUCAUCAGUGUCACUGGCGUCAGCAGCGGCACUGGUGUCACCGGUGUCACUGGUGUCCCGGCAUCGCUGGCGGCACCGGUGUCACUGGUGUCACUGAUGUCACUGGCAUCACUGGUGUCACCGGCGUCAACCAGUGUCCCAGCAUCACUGGCGUCACCGGCGUCAACCGGUGUCAUCGGUGUCACUGGCAUCACUGGCGUCACCAGCAUCACUGGUGUCACCGGUGUCACCGGUGUCACUGGCAUCACCGGUGUCACCAGCAUCACUGGUGUCACCAGCAUCACUGGCGUCACUGGUGUCAACCGGUGUCAUCGGUGUCACUGGCAUCACUGGUGUCACCAGUGUCACUGAUGUCACUGGCAUCACUGGUGUCCCGGCAUCGCUGCUGUCACCGGUGUCAACCGGUGUCAUCAGUGUCACUGGUGUCACUGGCAUCACUGGUGUCAGCAGCGUCAACCGGUGUCAUCAGUGUCACCACUGUCACUGGUGUCACCGGCAUCGCCGGCGGCACCAGCGUCAGCAGCAUCAACCGGCGUCAUCGGUGUGACUGGCGUCACUGGUGUCACCAGCAUCACUGGUGUCCCAGCAUCGCUGCUGUCACCGGUGUCAACCGGCAUCAUCGGUGUCACCGGUGUCACUGGCGUCACUGGUGUCCCAGCAUCACCGGUGUCACCAGCAUCACUGGCGUCACUGGUGUCAACCGGUGUCAUCGGUGUCACUGGCAUCACUGGUGUCACCGGUGUCACUGACGUCACUGGCAUCACUGGUGUCCCGGCGUCACUGGUGUCCCGGCAUUGCUGCUGUCACCGGUGUCAACCGGCAUCAUCGGUGUCACCGGUGUCACUGGUGUCACUGGCAUCACCGGUGUCACCAGCAUCACUGGUGUCAGCAGCAUCACCGGUGUCACCAGCAUCACUGGUGUCACUGGUGUCAACCGGUGUCAUCGGUGUCACUGGCAUCACUGGUGUCACCAGCGUCAACCGGUGUCAUCAGUGUCACCAGUGUCACUGGUGUCACCGGCAUCACCAACGUCAUCAGUGUCACUGGUGUCACCGGUGUCACCGGCGUCACCACCGCGGCCGGGCAAUAAACCUGUUGGUCGCCGCA